CGAAUUCUUCAGGGGUGCUCGCGACGCUGCGUAGACUCGGAAGUUUGGCUAUCAGUUUACACGUAGCCUGCAGUAAAUAAUCCGUCAGAGAUCCACCCAUUUGCUUUCUCCCUCCCCUCUUCCCUGGAGAAAUCCUCCCCGCUGGCUCUCCCGGGAAGGCACAGCCAGGAGUUCCAGGGCCCAAGUCUCCUUGGCAAAUGGUCUUUUGCUGAAACUCGCUUUCUGCCCUUACGGAGCCAUGCUUCGAGUGAUCGUGGAAUCUGCCAGCAAUAUCCCUAAAACGAAAUUUGGGAAACCGGAUCCUAUCGUUUCUGUUAUUUUUAAGGGUAAGGAAAAGUUUUUCUCUUUUUCUCAACGCAGACAAACUUCUCUCGCCCAAACCCUAACGCUUUUGACAGGCGGUGGCUCAAGGGCACCCACCUGCCUCCAGGCGCCGGCUUGCGCCAAGGACGCUCAGGACUCCAGGGCGCGGCUGAGAGGCCCCCAGUGGGACAAACACCCAGAUCUCCCUGACCUUGGACAACAGGUGGCCCCCGUCCUGGGCAUCAGUUUCCCCAUUCCUGAAAUGAGGCAGCUGACUCAAACUGGAGCCGAUGGAAGUCCAACAAGUACAUGGAAGCGUGUCUUACUUGGGCUGCUGUGUGCUCUCUCGUUUCCCUGCAGAUUAAUUGGCACGGCCUCUGUUGCCCUGAAGGACCUGAUUGGAGACCAAAGCAGGUCACUGCCCUACAAACAGAUCACCCUGCUAAACGAAAGAGGACAAGACACUGGGGCCACCAUUGACUUGGUGAUUGGCUAUGAACCACCUUCAGUUCCACAUCCAAAUGACCCCAGUGAGACCAGCGUGCCAGGGAUGGGAGGAGAAGAGGAGGAGGAUGAAGGUGAUGAAGACAAGUUGGAUAGCAGAAUCAGGGGCGUCGUGCCCAGGGGGCCAAGCGGGCUUGUGUCAGAAGCUCAGCUUGCCCGGAGGCUCACGAAAGGAAAGAAAAGCCGACGGAUACUGUCCAACAAGCCCCAGGACUUCCAGAUCCGUGUCCGAGUGAUUGAAGGCCGGCAGUUAAGUGGCAACAACAUCAAGCCUGUGGUCAAAGUCCACAUCUGUGGCCAGACACACCGAACAAGGAUCAAGAGCGGGAACAACCCAUUUUUUGACGAGUUAUUUUUCUACAACGUUCACAUCACCCCCUCUGAAUUGAUGGAUGAGAUCAUCAGCAUCCGGGUUUAUAAUUCCCACUCUAUGCGGGCAGAUAGUCUGAUGGGAGAAUUUAAGAUUGAUGUUGGAUUCGUUUAUGAUGAACCUGGCCAUGCUGUAAUGAGGAAAUGGCUUCUUCUCAAUGACCCUGAAGAUACCAGCUCGGGUGCUAAAGGUUACAUGAAAGUCAGCAUGUUUGUCCUAGGAACCGGAGAUGAACCCCCUCCUGAGAAACGAGAUCGUGAUGACAGUGACGAUGUGGAAAGUAAUUUGUUACUCCCAGCUGGCAUCGCCCUCCGCUGGGUGACCUUCUUGCUGAAAAUCUACCGAGCAGAGGACAUCCCCCAAAUGGAUGAUGCCUUCUCACAGACAGUGAAGGAAAUAUUUGGAGGCAAUGCAGAUAAGAAAAACCUAGUGGAUCCUUUUGUAGAAGUUUCCUUUGCUGGAAAAAAGGUUUGCACAAAUAUAAUUGAGAAAAACGCAAACCCCGAGUGGAAUCAAAUUGUUAAUCUUCAGAUCAAGUUUCCUUCAGUGUGUGAAAAAAUAAAACUAACCAUAUAUGACUGGGACCGUCUUACCAAAAACGAUGUUGUUGGAACAACAUAUCUACACCUUUCUAAAAUUGCUGCCUCUGGUGGGGAAGUGGAAGAUUUCUCAUCUUCGGGAACUGGGGCUGGAUCGUAUACAGCAAACACAGGAGAAACAGAGGUGGGUUUUGUCCCAACAUUCGGCCCUUGUUAUCUGAAUCUUUAUGGAAGCCCCAGAGAGUACACAGGAUUCCCGGAUCCCUAUGAUGAACUAAACACUGGAAAGGGAGAAGGAGUUGCCUACAGAGGCAGAAUCUUGGUUGAAUUAAGCACUUUUCUUGAAAAGACACCACCAGAUAAAAAGCUUGAGCCCAUUUCAAGUGAUGACCUGCUGGUUGUUGAGAAAUACCAGCGAAGGAGGAAGUACAGCCUGUCUGCUGUGUUCCAUUCAGCUACCAUGUUGCAAGAUGUUGGUGAGGCCAUUCAAUUUGAAGUCAGCAUUGGAAACUAUGGCAACAAGUUUGAUUCGACCUGUAAGCCUCUGGCAUCAACCACUCAGUAUAGCCGGGCCAUAUUUGAUGGGAAUUACUAUUACUACUUGCCUUGGAGCCACACAAAGCCAGUGGUUACCCUGACUUCAUACUGGGAGGAUAUUAGUCAUCGCCUGGAUGCAGUGAACAUUCUGCUAGCUGUAGCAGAUCGUCUGCAAUCAAACAUAGAGGCUCUAAAAUCAGGGAUACAAGGUAAAAUUCCUGCAAGCUACUUGGCUGAAAUGAAGUUGAAGCUGAUCGAUGACAUUAUAGAAGACACAAGAUGUGCUUUGCCUCUCCCGGAAGGAAAACCUAACAUCACAGUACUUGAUACUCAGAUCCAAAAGUUGCGAUCCAGAGCCCUCUGUCAGAUACAAGCAGCAGCCGUGAGGAUGAAGUCUGAGCCCACGGAGAUCAAGUCUGCGUUGCUGGAGAUGGAGGACUGGCUCGACAGGUUAAUGCAGCUGACCGAAGAGCCGCAGAACAGCAUGCCCGACAUUAUCAUCUGGAUGAUCCGGGGAGAGAGGAGACUGGCCUACGCCCGCAUUCCCGCACACCAGGUUUUAUAUUCCACUAGUGGCGAGGAAGCAUCUGGGAAAUACUGUGGGAAAACCCAAACCAUCUUCCUGAAGUAUCCACAGGAAAAAAGCAGUGGACCAAAGAUGCCCGUGGAGUUGAGAGUAAACAUCUGGCUGGGCUUAAGUGCUGUUGAGAAGAAGUUCAAUAGCUUCGCAGAAGGAACAUUCACCGUGUUUGCAGAAAUGUAUGAAAAUCAAGCUCUUAUGUUUGGAAAAUGGGGCACGUCUGGAUUAGUGGGUCGUCAUAAAUUCUCUGAUGUCACAGGAAAAAUAAAACUCAAGAAGGAAUUCUUCUUGCCUCCGAAAGGUUGGGACUGGGAAGGAGAUUGGAUAGUUGAUCCUGAAAGAAGCUUGCUGACUGAGGCGGAUGCGGGUCACUCAGAGUUCACCGAUGAAGUGUAUGAGAACGAGAGUCGCUACCCUGGGGGAGAUUGGAAGAAGGCUGAGGAAGCCUACACGGAUGCGAACGGUGAUAAAACAGCAUCACCCGGUGAGCUCACUUGUCCUCCAGGUUGGGAAUGGGAAGAUGAUGCAUGGACAUAUGACAUCAACCGUGCUGUGGAUGAGAAAGGCUGGGAGUAUGGAAUUACCAUUCCUCCUGAUAAUAAGCCCAAAUCCUGGGUUGCAGCAGAGAAAAUGUAUCAUACUCAUAGACGGCGAAGGCUGGUCCGAAAACGCAAGAAGGAUUUAACACAGACUGCUUCCAGUACUGCAAGGGCCUUGGAAGAGCUUGAAGACCGAGAGGGUUGGGAAUAUGCUUCUUUAAUUGGCUGGAAAUUUCACUGGAAACAGCGUAGUUCAGAUACCUUUCGCCGCAGACGAUGGAGGAGAAAAAUGGCUCCUUCAGAAACACACGGUGCCGCUGCCAUCUUUAAACUAGAAGGUGCCCUUGGUGCAGACACUACUGAGGAUGGAGACGAGAAGUCAGAGAAGCAGAAGCACAGUGCCACCACCGUGUUCGGAGCAAACACACCCUUGGUGUCCUGCAAAUUUGAUAGAGUCUACAUUUAUCAUCUGCGCUGCUACAUCUAUCAAGCCAGAAACCUCAUGGCUUUAGACAAAGAUAGCUUUUCAGAUCCAUAUGCCCAUGUUUCCUUCCUCCAUCGAAGCAAAACCACUGAGAUCAUCCACUCAACUCUCAAUCCUACGUGGGACCAAACUAUUAUAUUUGAUGAAAUUGAAAUCUAUGGGGAACCCCAAACAAUCCUACAAAACCCACCCAAAGUUGUCAUUGAACUUUUUGACAAUGACCAAGUGGGCAAAGAUGAAUUUUUAGGACGAAGCAUGUGCUCUCCUCUGGUGAAACUAAACUCAGAAAUGGACAUCAGACCCAAACUUCUCUGGUAUCCAGUGAUGAAUGGAGACAAAACCUGUGGGGAUGUCCUUGUAGCUGCGGAGCUGAUUCUGAAGAGCAAGGAUGGCUCCAACCUUCCUAUUCUUCCCUCACAAAGGGCACCAAGUCUAUACAUGGUUCCCCAGGGGAUCAGGCCUGUGGUUCAACUCACUGCUAUUGAGAUUCUAGCUUGGGGCUUAAGAAAUAUGAAAAACUACCAGAUGGCUUCUAUCACAUCCCCCAGUCUGGUUGUGGAGUGUGGAGGGGAAAGGGUAGAAUCAGUGGUGAUCAAAAACCUGAAGAAGACACCAAACUUUCCAAGUUCUGUUCUCUUCAUGAAAGUGCUCUUGCCCAAGGAAGAAUUGUACAUGCCUCCACUGGUGAUCAAGGUCAUCGACCACCGGCAGUUUGGGCGGAAACCAGUGGUUGGCCAGUGCACCAUCGACCUCCUGGACCGCUUUCGCUGCGACCCCUAUGCAGGAAAGGAAGAUAUUGUGCCUCAACUAAAAGCCACCCUUCUGUCUACCCCACCCUCCCAGGACAUCAUUAUUGAAAUAGAAGACAGCAAGCCGUUACUGGCUUCAAAGCUGACAGAAAAGGAGGAAGAAAUCGUUGACUGGUGGAGUAAAUUCUAUGCUUCCACGGGAGAACAUGAAAAAUGUGGACAAUAUAUUCAGAAAGGCUAUUCAAAACUCAAGAUAUAUAAUUGCGAGCUUGAGGACGUAAAGGAAUUUGAGGGCCUGACAGACUUCUCAGACACUUUCAAGCUGUAUCGAGGCAAAUCAGAUGAGAAUGAAGACCCUUCAGUGGUAGGAGAGUUUAAGGGCUCCUUUAGAAUCUACCCCCUGUCGGAUGACCCCACUGUGCCGGCCCCUCCCAGGCAGUUUCAGGAAUUACCUGACAGCGUCCCACAGGAAUGCACGGUUAGGAUUUACAUUGUUCGAGGCUUAGGGCUCCAGCCCCAGGACAACAAUGGCCUGUGUGACCCUUAUAUAAAAAUAACACUGGGCAAAAAAGUAAUCGAGGAUCGAGACCACUAUGUUCCCAACACUCUCAACCCAGUUUUUGGCAGAAUGUAUGAACUGACCUGUUACUUACCUCAAGAAAAAGACCUGAAAAUUUCCGUUUAUGAUUAUGACACCUUUACCCGUGAUGAAAAAGUGGGAGAAACCACUAUUGACCUGGAAAACCGAUUCCUUUCCCGGUUUGGGUCGCACUGCGGCAUUCCUGAGCAGUACUGUGUUUCUGGAAUAAAUACCUGGAGAGACCAGUUGAGACCAACACAGUUGCUGCAAAAUGUAGCCAAAUUCAAAGGCUUCCCACCACCUAUCCUUACUGAAAAUGGAAGUAUGAUCAGAUAUGGGGGACGAGACUACAGCUUGGAUGAAUUUGAAGCCAACAAAAUCCUGCACCAGCACCUGGGUGCUCCGGAGGAGCGUCUCGCCCUUCACAUCCUCAGGACUCAGGGGCUGGUUCCUGAACACGUGGAAACUCGGACCUUGCACAGCACCUUCCAGCCCAACAUCUCCCAGGGGAAACUUCAGAUGUGGGUGGAUGUUUUCCCCAAGUCUUUGGGACCACCAGGCCCCCCUUUUAACAUCACACCUCGGAAAGCUAAGAAAUACUACCUGCGUGUGAUCAUCUGGAACACCAAGGACGUUAUCUUGGAUGAGAAAAGCAUCACAGGAGAGGAAAUGAGUGACAUCUAUGUCAAAGGCUGGAUUCCUGGCAGUGAAGAAAACAAACAGAAAACAGAUGUCCAUUACAGGUCCUUGGAUGGCGAAGGGAAUUUUAACUGGAGAUUUGUUUUCCCAUUUGACUACCUCCCAGCAGAACAACUCUGUACUGUGGCCAAAAAAGAACACUUCUGGAGUAUUGACCAAACUGAAUUUCGAGUCCCACCCAGACUGAUCAUUCAGAUAUGGGAUAAUGACAAGUUUUCUCUGGACGACUAUUUGGGUUUCCUGGAACUUGAUUUGCAUCACACCAUCAUUCCUGCAAAAUCAUCAGAGAAAUGCAAUUUGGAUAUGAUUCCAGACCUCAAAGCCAUGGACCCUCUUAAAGUGAAAACUGCCUCACUCUUUGAGCAGAAGUCCAUGAAAGGAUGGUGGCCGUGCUACGCAGAUAAGGAUGGCUCCCGCGUGAUGGCUGGGAAAGUAGAGAUGACAUUGGAAGUCCUCAAUGAGAAGGAGGCCGACGAGAGGCCAGCCGGGAAGGGACGAGAUGAACCCAACAUGAACCCGAAGCUGGACCCACCAAAUCGGCCAGAAACCUCCUUCCUCUGGUUCACCAACCCAUGUAAGACCAUGAAGUUCAUCGUGUGGCGCAGAUUUAAGUGGGUCAUCAUUGGCCUGCUGAUCCUGCUGAUCCUGCUGCUGUUUGUGGCCGUGCUCCUGUACUCCUUACCGAACUACUUGUCAAUGAAGAUUGUGAGGCCAAAUGCAUAAUGAAAGCAAAGACUUCAUUAUCUUCUAAUGAGGGAAUCCUGCCUCUGCCUGUGGCCCAAAAUCAGGAGUAACUUUGUUUGUGUCUAGAACUAUAAUGUCAGCAAGGCCUCUCAGUUUCCAGAGGUUCUAGUACUGGGAAAUGAAACCGAAAAGCAACUGUUUUAUCUUGUUAUCUUUUGAAGUAUUCAAAGUUUAACCAUGUUUUUCAUAUUUUUCAAGAUGGCUGGUUCCAUUUAAAAAGCAUUUUUUAUGUGUAUCUAAGUCAAUUUUUAGAAAUUGCUGAAAUCAAAUUUGAAAUUUUUGGCAUCUUGAGUCCAUAAAGUUCUUAUGGACUUAUAAUCAACAACUUCUUAUAAUCAACAAAAAAGAAUCUUUAUUAAUUCUUAUUUAUUCCUGUAAACUUUGGUAUGAUAUUUUAUAUGGAUAAAUGUCCAUAUGACAUGACACUCUGUUCGACCUCUGUGACGAACACAAAUAAAAAUGUUUCCUCUUUGACACAGCUGUUUGUUCUAACUAUGGGCUGAGUUGGGAAGAAGCUAUUUCUAACCUCUGGGUCUUAAUGGAUGGAAUACCACAGUAUUCCACUUGGUCAUAAACCCUUCCUGCAUGUGCUGUCAAAUCUUGACCAGUGGGUUAACAUAACAAAUAACAAGGUUAAUAUAGAGAAUAAAAUAAUAGAAUGGAGUAAGUAUCAUAAUAAAUAAUAAAAGCUAACA